UUUUCAGUGACUUGCGCAGUGAUAUGACUAGUAACUAUCAUCUGACUUGCGCAAUAAUGGUGUGGAAAUAUUUUAGAAAAUUGGACUAAAUUUUAACUCCUUUCGACAUGUCACAGGAGGAAGCCAACUCCUUCAGGGAUGAUGAAUUUCAUUUACCAACAAUACCAAGUGAAGACUGGCAAAUGAACGUUUUCUUGAAUGAGUUGGCUGACGAACUGACAGCGGAAGAUCUGAAAAAGAUGAAAAAUUUACUCUCAGGGUUAAAUGGGACUGCAAAAGGUGUGCUUGAAGUAAUUAAAGAUCCCUUAGAUUUAUUUACACAUUUGAGACAGAAAAGAAUUCUUACAAGAGAUAAUAUCGUCUUCUUACAAGCGAUGUUAUGGCACACAAAACGCAAGGACUUGUACAACAAGUUUGUAAAAUUUGCAAAACAGCGGGGGAAUAUUGUUCACUUCUAUAGCCCAAGUGAAAGACCAGAGAAUGGGUAUGAGUAUGUAAAAUUUCACAUUGGAGGAAAAGAGAAAUUGAAUCGACAUAAACUAGAACAGUUAAGGGCGCUUGUCAGCUUUGCAACAUGUGUGCCACUCGACUUUGUGGUUGUCAGCGGAAUAGAAGCUACAAACAGUAUCCUAGUUACCUUCAUGAUCCCAGAGGGAUAUGCUCAUGUUUUAUCCGAACUCAACAAUAAAGAGAAAGAAUACUUAGGUUCUCAGGGUGUUGAUGCAAUAUGGUAUAAUGGAGAGCUGAUCAGUUGCAUAGAUAUCGAAAUCGGUGAAAUUGACUCUAUAAAAAAAGAUGAGGAAAUAAAACUUCUGCUGGACCAAAAGGUUAAACUCGACAUUGAGGUUGAAUCAUUACAAAUACAGGUUAUAGAACUACAACACAGUCUUCGAAAAUGUCAACAACAAUCACAAUAUAUCCAUACAAAUACAAGACAUCAAAUAGCAAUGAUUACAGCGUGCCUUAUACAACAAUACAUGGACGUAAAAUAUUCUACAAACGCUAUUAAUCUCAACGACCUUGCCUUUAAAAACGCAACCAAACACUUUACACACAUUUUAAAGAAAAUGGAGAAGCUAGGUUAUGAUACCAAUCUAAUCAUGUACCUAUUGGAUGCCAAUAGUUCGGUGGUAUUGCUAAGGCAAAAGAAUUAUACUGCAUGGAUAGAAACAAAGCAACAGAAUAGAAUAAAAGAAUUGGAACAAGAUUUGAGAAUGCUACAGUACAAAUGUGACAAACUAACCUACUGUUUAAGGACUGGAAUCUCAAAACCUGUCCUUACAGAAAACGAGGAAUUUUUCCUGAGCCUAUCUGCUGCAAAUAUGCCCAUGCAGUUUGCACGUACAACUCGUGUUUCUGUUGAAAUGCAAGGAGAAAUGACAAAAGAAAUUGGAAUAAGAAGAAUGCAGGAUAUUAUGCUUAAAAUUCUGAAAACAUGGAAUGACGAUCUCAAUGAAAAAGAAAAGAAAAUUCUCAUGAAGAAGUUCUUGCCAACUGACGUAUCCCAGAAGGCCUAUGUAGAAUCCAAGGUUCCAUUACUAGAGUUCUUGUGGGUAAAUCAUACUAAAGACCACAAGGAUGCAGAUAUCCACUUAUGGAUUGUCACAUUACUAGUGGAAAUAAAAAGAAUGGAUCUACAUCAAAAAUGGGUUCAAAAAUCAGAUUUAUUGAUUAAAGCCUUUAAAAAGUCUGAGAGUACUGAAGAAAAUCCCUGCUCGGAAUUUGAAGAGGACCUUGUCGACCUGCAGCUUAACAGACGAAAUAACAAGAAAUCCAGACCUGAAGCAAAAUCUCAAAGCGGAAAAAAGAAAACACCUGCCGUCGAACCAAAGUGCAAUCAGCCAGUCAGUGAGGUUGUAUAUGAAAUGAGAGAAAUGUUAGCAAGAAAUUUAGAAUUAACAGAGCGAUUUGCCAACUUUGCUUUCGAUCAAAGUUAUUUAACAGGAAAGAGCGAAUCAAGCAUUUUAACUGAUUUUUCAAAAACAUACCAAGGCAAGCUAUUUACGCCAAACUAGAAAGGAAGGACAUUUGAUUGUAGUUACUUACUUUCUUUCUUUCGACUAUAGGAACUGUACAUAAUAUCAGUAUUUAAAGCCAGUAAAGAUUGUUCGACAUUUGAAACUUAGUUCACGCACAUUUCAGUAAUGCUAGAAAGCGUUGUCUAAAUAGGACAACUUAAUUUAUGUCUUGAUUAAACAUAAUUAGGUAGGCUUAUUUGGUGUGAUUUUUUUAUGUAAUGUAUUUUAUUCAAUAGUAAAAAAAUAUCAAUUUAGAUGGCAUGUUUUUUUCCAAAAUUUGUGAAUUUAUCAAAUAUGGGAACAUGUUAGAAUAACAGUCACCUCUUAAAAAAAUUAAUAUAAUGACAGCUAGGUUCCAAGAUUUCUUGAAUAAAUUAUUCCAUUUCCUUAGAUUGUUGCAGUUGUACCAAAAUACUGAGUUUUACUUUGCAUAUUACAGUAUGUUUGUUUAUUUUAAAUUUGCUAAGUGUAUAUGGAGGAGGGUUGAGAUCUCACAAAACCUGUUAAAACUGACUGCAUUUCUGCGCAGGUCCAAGGUAUGAAGCCCUUGUUAGUAUGUUAUUUUUUAUUAUUUUACUUUAGUUUGUUAUGUUUUUUGGUUUAGUGAUGUCCAUUUUACUGACCAAUGUUGGGCCUUCCGCUGUAGUUUGUAUGUUUUUCGACAGUGUUCUGCUGUGUGGUCAGGUAGUUAGUUAUCUCUUUGACACCGUCCCAGUUUUCAUUUUCCAUUUUAUUUGAAGGGUUGUAGAGUUAUUUUACUAUUUUGCCUGCUUUUAAAUGGUCAUGCAUAUCAAUUUUAUGUUCAGGAUAACUAUUUAACGGUAACUAUUUGACGAAAUUUUCUGUGUUAACAACAAGACUUUCCCAUAUAGAGCUACAUAGUAUGGUCAUAAUAAAUUCAUUUACUAGUAAUUGUGCUCUUUUUUUUAGAAAUCCUUAACUCACACCCGUCAUAAACAUGUACCCUUGAUUUCAAAUUCUAGAAAUAGAAAACAUUAUAAAGUAAUUUAGCGCAAUUUAAUUCAAUUACAGCAUUUGACUUUCAUCAUUGUUUUUACAACAUUCCUAUAUCCAAGAAAAAACACUAUCAGCAUCGUUAAUACUUGACGUGUUAGUUUAGAAUUAUGUUUUUUUUUUAAUAGGAAUAUAUAUUUCUUUUUUUACGAAAACAUAAUAAUUUGACUCAAAAAUUAUUUCUAUUUAUCUCUUUUUGGCCGAAAACGUACUGCAUUUUGCGAUAUUAAACAUACAGGAUAGAUAUGAUUAGUUAUUUGGUAUAAGUAAUACUUUUAAAUAGCUGAUCAUGGUGGAAAAUGUGUAUUUUUAUAAUCUAAAACAUUUCAUUAUUUCAUGUUAAAGAUUUCAAUGUAAAUAGGCUUUAUAUUUGGUAAAAUGGUGACAAUGUGUUGAAAAUUGCUUAGACAUUUUGUUCUUUUCAAGAAGGGGUAUGUUUUCUUCAAAGCAAAUACAUAUUUAUGGAAAUCUGCAUCACAUAUGGUCUAUGAUAUUUCAAUUUUCUUUAUCAUGUAUUAUAUAUUAUGUUCUAAUCAAAGUUUCAUUUUAAAAGCAAUUCAUGCAACCUGACCAAUGAAAUUACGCUGAUGCAUCUAUUUACUUUUCUGAAUGAAAAAUUGAACCAUCUAAAAUGUAUUUUGAGGUUUAAGCUAAUGAAAGUUCUUCUCUAAAUUGAAUACAUUUUUGACAAAGUACACUCCAGAAACAUGUGUUAUACUAUAUCAUGUAUAUGAAAACA